GGCGAGGGUUUGUAUUUAGUUUGGUAACCCACAUUAACACAAUAACUUCUUCUUCUCCUCCUCUUUCUCUCUCAUCGUUUCACAAACAAACACACACACAAAGAUUGAAAUACACGUAUUUGCAGCAAAUUCAGCCACCUGCCUUUUUCGCGUUUCCCCCAAUUCUCCUCUUUCUUCAUCUUCUUCCUAUAAAUUAAUCAACAAAUCAAAAAAGUUGAGCUAUUUAUUUAUUCAUAAUACUUGUAUUUCUCAACAGAAACAAUCACUAAUUUAAAACCCCAGAAAAUCUCAGAAAAAACUGAAAAAACCAACCCAGAAAAAACCCAGAAAAGUUCAGAAAAGUCCAGGAAAAAAAUACGAGUAGUAAUGGAUAGUCUUUGUGUGAGAUCUGGGCUACAUGGUUUGGGCUCAACAAUCACAGGGAAUAAUGGGCUUGAUUUAUUCCGGCCCAGCCCAUCUCUCUCUUCUGUCGGAAGGUCGCCGGCGCCGGCGACUAAUGCAAUCUCAGUUGAUAGAACGGCGUCGUGUUCAUCAUCUUCAUCUUCUUCGUUGACAAAGUUAUCAGCUUUUAAUUACCCAUUUAGAUCUCUGUUUUUCGGGGGAGAUAGAAAGCAGAGGUCCAAUUCCAAAGGUGUAGCCUUGGACGACGCCGUUUUGAUGGAGGAAGACGAUAUUAGUACCAGUGUGGGGCCCAGUGAACCAGAGGGGCAAAAUGGGCAAAAUGAGAAUUGGGUUUUGAAGAUCCUCCAUGUUAGGUCUCUUUGGUCUUCUUCCCCAGAGAAGCAACAGCAAGGGAAGGGUGGUGAGGUGGAGGAGAGAGAAAAUGAGGGGCAAGGGCAGAAUGGGAAUUCCACUUCUUGUUCAUCUUCUUCAUGUGGGGAAGAUGAUGGGUGUGAAGUAUGUGAUAAUGAUGAUGAUGAAAAAAGUGUAGAAUUUGAUAGAAAUUCAUUUUCUAAGAUGUUAAAGAAGGUUUCUUUAGGUGAAGCUAAAUUAUAUGCUCAAAUGUCUUAUUUGGGGAGCUUGGCCUAUUGUAUACCUAGCAUCAAGCCGAGAAAUCUUCUAAAACGAUAUGGUCUUCGUUAUGUAACCUCUUCAAUCGAAAAGAGGGAAUUGUUAGCUGAGGCUGAAAAGAAAGAACAGUUAGCUAAUUCUGAACCCGAACAACAACAAUCUGGUGAAUUUAAAAGCAAAGAAAACAACAUUCAAGUAGAGUCGGCACAAAGUGAUGAUCUAAAUAAGAACGAAGAAUCUCGAGUUAGAGAAUUGGCUGCUUUUCAAGUUGCUGCUUCUGCAGCUUCUUUUUUGCAUUCUCGGACUAGAAAUUUCCUUUCCCCUCGAUCCUCGAAAGACAAUGCGGAUCACCACACAGAUUCAGAGAUGGCUUCUUUAAUGGCAACCACAGAUUCAGUAACCGCUGUUGUUGCUGCAAAGGAGGAAGUGAAACAGGCUGUUGCUGAUGAUCUGAAUUCAAUAAGAUCUGCACCGUGUGAGUGGUACAUUUGUGAUGAUGAUAAGAGUGCUACUAGAUUUUUCGUCAUUCAGGGAUCUGAGACUCUAGCUUCUUGGCAGGCCAAUCUACUCUUUGAACCCGUUCAAUUUGAGGGUCUAGACGUGCUGGUGCAUAGAGGCAUAUACGAAGCUGCAAAGGGCAUGUAUCAACAAAUGUUACCCGAGGUUCUCGCCUUUAUGAAAACUCACGGUACCCGUGCCAAAUUCCGGUUCACGGGACAUUCGCUUGGUGGAAGCUUAUCGUUGCUUAUUAACCUCAUGCUGCUCAUUCGAGGUGAGGUCCCGUAUGCCUCGCUUCUUCCUGUCAUCACUUUCGGGUCUCCUGGUGUAAUGUGUGGAGGGGAUAAGCUGCUGCGCAAGCUCGGGUUGCCUAAGAAUCAUAUUCAGGCUAUUGUGAUGCACCGUGAUAUUGUACCCCGAGCUUUCUCUUGUAAUUACCCUAGGGCUGCUGCACAGUUACUCAAGGCCGUCAAUGGAAGCUUCCGGAACCUUCCUUGCCUGAAUAACCAGAAGCUACUCUAUGCACCUAUGGGAGAGAUGUUGGUUUUACAGCCGGACGAAAAGUUCUCUCCACAACACGACCUACUACCUUCCGGAAGCGGUCUAUACCUCCUAACCUACAAGGUCGGUGGCGACGUCGGUGAGGGAGAAAAGAAACUCCGAGCUGCGAAGAGCGCGUUCUUAAACAUACCCCACCCGCUCGAGAUCUUAAGUGACCGCGCCGCCUACGGAAACGGCGGGACCAUCCAACGAGACCACGACAUGAACUCCUACCUCAAGUGCGUGAGGGGAGUGAUCCGCCAAGAACUCAGCCGCGUAAGGAGGGCCGAGAGGGAGAGGCGCCGUAAGGUCUGGUGGCCUCUCGUGAUGCCACGUGUCGCCGCUAGAAGCAUCGUUGUGGGGUCCACAUUGGGCCCGGUGAACGUGGGCCAGGCGAAAAUCAAGUUUGCCGGGUUGGUCAAGACCGGGAAGGAGUCUUUGAAACGUUUUAGUAGGCUUGUUGCAUCACAGCAUAUGCAUUUGCUUGUUGUGCUCUUGUUUCCUGCUAGAAUGCUGCUAAUUGGCGCUUACAGCGUGAUUAAUUACAGUUAAUCACGAUUACGUGUGUGAUUAAUUAUUGGUUUGGGAUGAUGCAGAUGAAAAAAAAUGUACAGAAAAUGGCUUCCCAAAUUUGUUGGGAUUAUUCUUUAUUCAUUUGAGAUUUAGAAGCUCUGCAUAAUUUUUCAUACGUGAAGAGCAGUAGGCAAUUAUUUGUCCUUAGAAAAAGAAAUUAAAAUGUCAGUAAAAAAAAAGAGACAUUAUUUGUAGUUUAUUUUAUUUUCUUCUCUUUAUUGUAAACAUAUGGUAAUUGUAGCUAAAUACAUUGUACAAGUUAGAUGUCAUAUUCAUAUACUCCGUACACGAAUUUGAAAUUACUGUAUGAUACACCGUAUUUAUACAAAAAUACGAAUUUAUUUA